CCUUGUCUCACGCUUAGAAACGACGCCAUCUCGCAUAGCAACGGCGCAUAACGGCUGCUGAUUGUGGCGACAUCUAGCGUCGGAGGGACGGAAGUGCAGGCCUGCUGUGUGUGUUAUAUGAGCGGUCAUAUCUGUGCCUGGUGAUCGGUCAGGGAUCAGUCCACAAGUUAGACUUUCCAUGCAGACCUGUGGCUCUAUCUAAAGGACCCAUCAAACAUGCUCAUAGGGGUCAUUUUAGCUAUUGCAGCUUCGUAUGUGGCAAAUGCAUCUGAGAAUUUAUUUGCUGAAUGUCCAGAUGCAUACACCCAUUUCUGUUUACAUGGCACAUGUCGGUUCUUGGUAUCAGAAUGGACACCUUCUUGCAUAUGUUUCACAGGUUACAUGGGCAGUAGAUGCCAGAAAAUGGAUUUGUUGCAGAUGAUGGCUGGUGACCCUCACUCCAUUUUGGCAGCAGCACUUCUGGUUGUACUAACAAUGACUUUCAUCACAUACUUUGGUAUUUAUUUAUGUAGGAGAAAGGCACAGAGUGAGCUGAAGACUAUUGAUGUUAAUGGAUACUUGUUCAAAGAAAAGUGGGAACAUCUAAAUCGGGCACAGAAAUCAAGGAGGACCGGACCAAUGGGGAAAUAGGAACGGGUGUAUGCCUCCCAUUCAAAUAUCUCCACCCUACUUCCGGAUAAAUUGACUUUGUGGAAUGUUUUCCAGCCAAACUGGCAAGUGGCAACUGGAUUUCCAAAUAGAGUGAUGCUACCAUACCUCUUUCCCCAAAUGUAAUAAUAGCUACACCUUAUAGGCAGAAUACAAACUAUGAACAAGAAGAAAAUUUUCACUAUUCUAUAUCAGUGACCAACAGAUACUCACCAUUGGAAGAAUCCAGUAAGGAAGUCUGCCACGAGGAAGAGAGGGAACCUGAUGCCCCCUACAGAGAAAUGGAAAGAAGACCAAUAUCAGUAAGACCAGCAACCUCUAAUCAGAAUAAUACAGAUCAAUCCUCCAAAAAAGAAAAACUGUGAACCAGGAUUUAAAAAAAAAAAAAAGAGAGGAAAAAGAGGUAGGAAAUAUGCCACAAAACAAGAGGACAAAAAGAUUAGAGAUUAAGGAAAUAAUAGGUGGGAUAAAAAAAAAAUUCAAUUUAAGUGCACAUACUCUCCUCCACUACUUUGGAGGAGGAGAAAUUACUCCAAAAAGGUUUUAAAUUUGCUCCAACAAAUCAAUUAAAAAAGUUUGAAACAUACAUCGGUUUAAAAAAAUUCAUGAGGAAUCUGACAUUAAAAUCAUGGUGCUGGAUUACAAACAAUACCAUGAUGAAUGUACCCGGCUACUAGGAGAUGUACGAACUUACAAAAAAAAACAAAAAACACAGAAAUAUACAAAAAAGAAUUGAUAAAAAUUUUGAAAAGUGGAUUAGAUAAGGGCAUCAUAAAUAAAAAAAUAAAAAAAAGAGGAAUAUUUGAUGGUAGAAAAUCAGAAAGUACCCAUUUUCUACCAGAUCCCAUCUCAACUACAUCACACAGAUGUCGAUGGCAGAGGAGAAGUGGAUUUUUUAGCUCAAUACAGAAGUCCCGUACAGACUUAAUAUGGAGGUAGAGAUCUUCGGCUUUCUGGAGGAAUAAUUAAAAAACAAAAAAAAGAACUACAUACUCACCGGCAAUCAAAGUGUUAAGAGACUGGUACUAUAAAUUGCGGAAAUUACCAGCAGACAGCCAUCCCAGACGAAGGAGACUGUGUGUCUUUGAAAUGCGUCAGAGGCUUUGUGGCUCAUCCGUGAUUCCGUAGUGAUGUCACAUGUGGCAGUCAGCUGACCAGCUCUUUUAACAGCGGGACUAGGUAUGGUAGAGGCGCCACCAGCCGGGGCAGCCUCCUGUCCCUCUCUCAAUCAUUAAUACCAUCCCCGGACCUUAAAGCAAUUGCUACAGCAACAGGAUUUAACCCCGCCAGGAUUACUAUCCUGCACGGCAAAGCGGACGAAGGAUCGCAGAAUCAAUAUUCAUCAUGGAGGCUCACAGGUACUAUAGGAUCUUCCUAGAAUAUUUCUGCAUUUAGAACUCUGGAAAACCUUUGUCCGCUUUGCCGUGCAGGAUAGUAAUCCUGGCGGGGUUAACAGGACUGCAUUUUACAUUGUUGCUGUACCAGUGUUUCACCACUAUUUAUGCAGAUACUACACCAGGAUAAAUAAAGUUAUUUUUCUUCAUCAACUAAGUGUAAGUCCUAUCUACACAGGCCAGUAUAUUUUAAAUUUUUACUUUUGUGUCUCCUCAUGCUGCUGGCACAUUAAAUGAAACCUAAAAAAUGUAAAUGUAUGUAAAAUCUUCAAUUAAAAUUUUAUGAACUAUCUUUAAUAUUUUCAAUUGUGAGGCCCUAUGGUCUCAUCAGACUGUUGCCACCUCCAGGAUCGGUCAUUCUGCCACAUUAUGGUCUCCUCAUGCUGCUGCCACCUCCAGGCUGUGUCAUUGUGCCACCAUAUGGUCUCCUCAUUCUGUUGGCACAUUAAAUUAAACUUUAAAAUUUUAAAUCUAUAUAAAAU